CAGUAGUUUAGUGCAUUAGUGUUUAGUUUGCAGCAGCGUCUCUUCCCUCCCACACUCCCGCACCUGCUUUGCUUGCCAAAAACCCAAUCUCCCCCCUCCCUGCUCUGUUGUGACUGGCCUGGUAGGAGAAGGAACCGUGUGAUUGGCUGUAGGUGAUCACAUGGUAGCAGGAAUCCCCAGGACAGGAAGAGGAAGUGAGCUGCUGCUGGAGGUGCCGGAGUGAGGGAGGGAAGGCACAUGUAGGAGAUAUAGUGCCCCGGAACCUGGAUUAGUUAUUUCUAUAAGGAUUUGUACGCGGGGCAUUAGGGGCAUUAGGGCGGUGCCAGGAGGCGCAAUCGCAGGGGAAGGCGCAGACGUUACGGGAGCGCAUGGCGGGGGAUUCGGCUGUCAGACUGUUAGCGCUGAGCGGGCUGUUCCCGGUGUAUAAGCCCAAGGGCCCCACCUCAGCGCAAGUAGUGGCGCAACUAAAGGGCUCCUUACUGAAAGAAGCCGGGCUGAAGGAAUAUGUGAAGAAAAGGAAACAGACCCUGAAGAUUGGCCACGGGGGGACCCUGGAUAGUUCCGCCUCAGGGGUGCUUGUAAUUGGCAUCGGGGAUGGCACCAAGAUGCUGAGCACAAUGCUUGCAGGGUCCAAGAAAUACACAACGGUGGGUGAGCUGGGGAAGGCCACAGACACGCUGGAUGCAUCAGGCACAGUAACAGAAGAAAAACCUUAUGACCACAUCACUAAGGAAGACUUGGAGGGGGCGCUGAAGUUAUUUACAGGAAACAUCAUGCAGGUCCCCCCUCUCUUCUCAGCACUGAAAAGGGACGGAAAAAGACUUUCCUGCCUGCUGCGAGACGGCGCCGAGGUGGAGGCAAAGCCGGCCAGGCCUGUGACUGUCUAUCAGCUGUCUCUGAGAGACUUCCAGCCCCCAGUUUUUACUCUUGAUGUUGAGUGCGGAGGUGGGUUUUAUGUAAGAAGCCUGGUCAAUGAUUUGGGAAAAGCACUGAAGAGCUGUGCGAGUGUGAAGGAACUUGUCCGUACCAAGCAGGGUCCCUUUACCCUGGAGGAUCACACCCUGAAAGAAGAAGACUGGAACAUCAGUCGGAUAGCGCAGGCACUGCAGGAAUACGGUCCCCUCCUUCCAGCAGAGCCGGGCAACAAGCGGUUAAAGAAGGAAAAUGCAGAUAAUACAGUCGGAUCUGGGGAAUGAAUGUGAGUUUAAACAGCCUUGAAAGCAUUGAAAGGGCAAGUAAUUUUCCUGCUCGCAGAGGGAGCGGCUUCUGAGAAUCCAUUUGCUGCGUCCGGACAUCGGGAACGAGCCCUGCGCUCUAACAGGGCCACGGGAUUCUCGAGGGACCCUUUUCUUGUGUUUCACAGCCCAGUGGAGUAGCCGUGGGGGCUACAAUCCCUCCAGCAGAACGUGCAGAUUACCCACUCUGGGCUAAUUUCCGUGCCACUUGGGAGCCACAAGUGCCACUAUUUAACGGAGUCGAGAGCUGGUUCGACCUGACGGUAGUCGGAGGCCACGACUGACUACAUUUCUUUGAUUCAUUUAUUUUUAAUUAAAAAAAAAAGUAAAAA